AUGAAAAAAAAAAACCUUAACUUAUUUAACGUUGUAGAAGCUUUGCAAGAAUUUUGGCAAAUGAAACAAGCGAGAGGAGCCGAUCUUAGAAAUGGAGCUCUUGUUAUUUAUGAAUCUGUACCUUCUUCUAGUCCGCCAUAUGUGUGUUACGUAACCCUUCCGGGAGGAUCGUGUUUUGGUAGUUUUCAGAAUUCUCCGACAAAAGCCGAGGCCAGAAGAAGUGCCGCCAAGAUAGCUCUUAUGAAUUCCGUUUUUAACGAGCAUCCUUCUAGAAAAAUUUCUGAUGAUUUUAUAGAAAAAGCUGUUGCUGAAGCUAGAGCUUCCUUUAAGGGUAAUCCAUCGGAAGCAGAUAAUCCGAAUACGGGAGUGGGAGCCUUUCGUUUUAUGUUAGAAGCCAAUAAAGGUAGAACAAUGUUAGAAUUUCAAGAAUUAAUGACUGUAUUUCAACUUCUUCAUUGGAACGGAAGUUUAAAAGCCAUGAGAGAAAGACAAUGUUCGAGACAAGAAGUGGUAGCUCAUUAUUCAAACAGAGCUCUCGACGACGAUAUGAGGUCUCAAAUGGCUUUGGAUUGGAUAGCAAGAGAACAUGAAAAUGUUGGAGCAUUGGGUAAAGAAUUAAGUUUAGCAGAGAGAGAGUUAGAGACAGCAAGACUAGCAGGACGAGAAUUGCGUUUUCCUAAAGAAAAAAAAGAUAUAUUAAUGUUAGCGCAUAAUCAAGUCGUCGGAUCUCAUUCUAGUUAA